AAAGGUAUACUGUACCAAUGAACGAACAAAUCAACCAACCAGCACCUGGCCAGGCCAGACUGUUUUUUGGGAGCUGAGACUGGGAGGUUAGUCCAACUACCGCAUACGAGUACCUGAUCAGUUCUUUCCGAAGAGCUUUGCUUGCUGGUAACUCGCCUCGUCGAUUGUGUUAAUUGUGGUCUUCAUUUGAUUUUCUUUCGUAUUCAAAAAACCUAAUUUUUUAUUUGUUGUUGUGGUUUCGAAGUACCUUUGCUUUAAUAUCGAGCUUUGGGUUGAAGAAGGUGACCUUUAUUAUUUUGUGUGAAUUUUGAACAAAAAGGUCAAGAAUUAUUUAAAAAAUUAUCAGAAUUCGGUAAAAAAAGGUUUCCAAUAUACCGAAGUGUUUAAAAUUGAAUUUUCAGUGAAUACUUUCAAAAAACGAAAACCAAAAACGUUGGUCAUUUUCAAGACAAUUUAAAUGUGUUUAACUUCAAAUCGUCCAUAAUAGUCCAAAUCGUUUAAAAAACGUUUUCAAAAAAUAAGGAAAAAACACCUGAAAUCGUAAAAAGUGGAGUAAAAGUGAUGUGGAGUGCGCGUGCGAAGCGUGAUUGAAAUUUAAAUUUUAUUUUUGUUGUUUUUUAAAAAUACAACAAGUAAUCGCAACACGAAAAUAAAAAAAAGAUAUAUUACUAUUUUGUGGUGUAGUGUAUGAAGUUUUGUAUAUUGUUGGUGGGUUUUGAGAUUCGAAUUUUCGUGUCAUGCAUCCGAGAGAUAUUAUAUUCAGCAACAAUCAUCAGUGCAGCAUUUGAAUCUGAUUUAUUCCAACUCGGAAUCAUUUAAUUAGGACCACAUCACGACCUGUUUUGGAGAGGUUUUGAUUUUUUUUCUUUAUUUUAUUAGUGGUUUGACUGUUUUUCGGUUUUUACGUCCGUCGCUAUCGUCGAUCGUCGGUCGUCGUCUUUGUCGAUUGUCGUUUUAUCGCGGUUUUUUAUUUUUAUGUUUUGUAUUCUUUAUAAUUUCGAUCUUCUGCUCAUUUUUAAUGUAGGUUGUUCUUGAUUUGCAACGUGAAAAAAGAACUUGAAUUUCUGAACUUAAUCGUUGUCAUCUUCUUUUUAACUGACAUUAAAUAAAAAUAAUAAAAAUAAAAUAAACAUUAAUUCACACUAAAACAAAUAAGUACUGAUACUGAUUUUGAAAAACACUGAGCGCGACUUCAAGCGUCCGUAAAAGCAAGAGAUAUUUUAUUUUGUAUCCUUGAGAUGCUGAGGAUCACAUUUUGGAGGAAUUAAAUAUUUUUUCUGGUUGACAAUCAUUUCAUCCAACAUAAAAAAGAUUUACAACACAAACGGAACUAAUUGAGUGACUUCCAUCUGGAUAAAAACUACACAUUCCGAAAACCUAAAUAAAUAUCAAGAUGUCUUCAUCCGACCGUUCCAUACCUCAUCUCCGUGAUAUCUUCGGAAUCAACAACUACUCAACAUAUGCAACAUCAACAACAACCACAACAAACAACAACAAUGGCAUCACAACCUACAACAAUACCGAAGCCUAUGUCCACAAUCCCGUCGUCGAUCUGACCAAAAAACAUUCCAAGAAAAAGCGUGAUAACAAUAAGACCCUAACAAGUGGUGAUGUCAAGACCCUCGAACGGCAUCUCAGUAUGAAGAAGACAAUUCGCAAGAAAAUAAUGCGAGAUCUUCAACAAGCCUUUGUUGAGGAUCCAAAUGAAUUCAAAAUCGAGAACUCCAACCACGAACAUCUCAAAUCUGAAAUUCGUGCAGAUGCGUUCCGUUUUGGCGAAAAGACAACGCGGAAAUCUGAUAAUUUCCUCGAUAUGCUUCGAGGUGAAAAACCAUCGAAUGGCAGCAGUAACCAUGACACCUAUAACAAUGCCAAUUCCAUCCAAAGUAGAGAUUACGAUUUUGAUAGUUCCGGUACUGGACAAUCGAAUGGAGAGAAGCAAAGCUUCUGGCGACGACUUACGAUGAAGGGUAAAUCAAAGCGAUAGAAACAAAAGUGAAAGGGCAUUAUUGAAAAACAUUCAUAGCUCUUAAAAGCACACAAAUAUUGUAGAUGUAGAAUUCUAAAAACCCUUUCUCAAGUUUCCUCAGUUCAAUGUUUUCCAUUAUUUUGUUGGUGAUAAUUUUUGUAUUUAGAUAAUGUGUUGAUGGAUCACAAGCGAACGCAAAUGAUUUUUUGUUUUUUUGAAUAUAAAUUAGUUAUUAAUUAUGCAAUUUAAGGAAAUUUAAUACAUAUACUUAAUUAUAUGUGUUUUGUAGGUAUGUUUAUAAAUAUAAAUAAUCUUAUGUGGAAAUAAUGUUUAGUUACUUGAAUUAAGUUUUUUGUAUGCGUAUCUAUCUUAGAUUUUGUAUGAUCAGAUCAUAAAUGUUUGUUAUUUUUUAAGAUACGAAAAUAAACAUAGAUUUAAGGUGAAUUGUUAAAUUUUUGUACCUAUUGUUUAUUUUAAAGAUACAUUAAUAAUUUUAAUUCACUGAAAAAUUUAAUAUUUUAAUAUAAAACAAUACUUAACAAUGACAUUAGAAUUCAAGACACUUUAAUCACAAAUGCUUCCUUCAUAGUUAUCAACCCUUUUAUGAUUUUCAACCGAAAAAUACUUAAAGCUGAUUUUGUCGCUCGGUCUUCAAUAGAGGAAAGUUUCGACCAAAAUUAUGGCUUAUGAAAUUAAUUAUUUUGUGGUGAAAUAUUUUUCAAGAGAAAUGCAGUAUAGAGUGGAAUUUAAUUUUAUGUAUGGAUAACAUACAAAUUGCUUUGUUUUCAAAAGAUAUUUUGACAAAUUUUGUGAGUCUACAGCUUGUUGACAACUCUCAACCUUUUCAAUGAUGUUAGGAAUCAAAGAGGCUAACAAUCUGUUACCAAAUUGAAAGGACGACUUUGAGUAGCAGUUAACAAACAAAGUUAAGUUUAGCACUUUAGACAAUUUCGAUGAGUUCUAAAACAAAUGUUAAAAAAUCAGUCCUUUUUAAAGUAAUCAUCCAAAAAUGAACGUGUUUUUAAACUAACUUAUGAACCUUGUGAAAAGAGUCAAUAACUUUAAAAACUUUUCAACAGUCUUGUUUUCGAAUAAAUAUCGUCCAAUCACCACCCCAACCCAAAAACAAUAACCAAACAUUGGGCAGGUUCAGGCGACUUAAUGGCUGAAACACAAACACGCUUCAGCUUCGACUUCGUCUGCGUUACGGUGGACUUGCUUCGAGGUUGCUUUGAAUGACAUUUCUAUUAUUUCAUCCCUCCAAAGAGCAAAUAUUUUGUGUGUUGACAUUUUUUUACAGCUGUUGAGCUGUCAGACAAAGCAAAUGUUCAGAUGAUUGAACUAUAGCUUCCGUUUGGAGUCACAUUACGUUACAUUACGUUCUUUUCCUUACGAUUGUCAAGCGGAACGUGAGGUCUAAGCUCCAUUGUGAUAGCAUGCAUUGAAUUUCUAUGGCUGAACUCGUAAACGUCAGGCGAAGCCGAAGCUGAAGCGUGUUUGUGUUUGAGCCAUAAGGGAAUUGAAAGUAAGGCAAGUUUCUGGUAUCUGAUUGGCCAGCUGCCAAAAAAAUGCCUUCCAAUUAAGACAACUUUAUUGGAAAGUUGUCUGGAAAGUAAGUCAAGAAAAAUUUCGCUAGCUAUCAAGUCAAGUCAACUUAUUUCAAAAUGACAACUGAUCAUGUUUUUUCAUUCAAGUGAAAGCUGAGCUUUACUACUACUACUAUAAUUUUUAAUUCCAUUUAAUGUUUUCUGUAAAAGGGUUCCUUCUCAAUUUAAAAAAGAAAUAAGUAAUAUUUUUGUACAAUACAAAAUAUAAAUCGUAAUCGACUUGUAGUUUGUCUGAUUAGUGGUUUUAGACAGUUUAUAGUUCUCGUACUAUAAACUUAAAGUAAAAAUUUGCGAAGUAAAGUUCUGAAUUUGAAAUUCAUGACACUUGGUAAACUAACUUGUUGCCUUGGUCAAAAUUUACGUUCAAAGAAUGAAGUUGACUACAAAUGAAGUCCCUUAUCUUACCUGAACCUGCCCAUUGACACUUUGACGAUGUAGAGGCUUUUUAACAAUCAAGAGGUUCGUUCGCUUACUUUCUGCACUAAAAUUCGUAAAAAGAGUUAUUUUAAAGAAUGGGGGUAAAAUUCUCUCACAAAAAGACAAAACUACAAAAAAGUGA